UAUGGAAAUGAGGGACAUUGCAGCUCGUCUUAAGUCCUUAGAGAUUGAGAUUUUUGAGUCAUUCCUUGUCAAUUUCAUACUCAAUUCUCUUCCUGUGGAAUAUGGAGCAUUCCAAAUUUCUUACAAUACACAGAAGGAAAAAUGGUCUAUCAAUGAACUUUUGACCAUGUGUGUUCAAGAGGAGGAGAGAUUGAAGCAUGGAAAAGUGGAAAGUGCUCAUUUAGCAACACAUAAAAGAGGGCAAUGGAAAAAGGGCAAAGGUGAUCAGAAAUGGAAGAAGCUUGGUAAAGUGCCGUUUAAAAAUCAUGGCAAUAAGGGUGCAUGCUUCUUCUGCAAGAAAAAGGGUCACAUGAAGAAAGACUGCCCCAAGUAUAAGAAAUGGCUUGAGAAGAAAGCCUAAGGAAACCGACGGGAAGUGAACAAGGCAUCUAUUCGGACAAUGGGAUGCGUUCGCACGUCGAAG